CGGCCUAGCGAGCCCCCCCUCCCCCUUCACUUACAGAGGCGUGGGACCCCUGUGGGUAUCCGUACUACGCCAUUCAUUGAAAUUAACCCUUGGAAUUGGGUCCUUUUGCGGCAUCCAACACCCCCCCGGCUCCGAAAGGAAAGACACCGCUGGCGGCAAGAUUUCAGCGGAGCUCAAUCUUAAUAAUGAUGUGAAAAUCGCAUGAUCUCAGUUCCCGUUUGUUCUUAUCAAUCUUUCUCUCUCCUGCAUCUUCACUCUCUGUGUCUCUUUUUGCAAUUCUCUCCUGGUGUAGCUGUAAAUUCACGUUCGCCAAUUCGCUUCACCAUGGACGCUAUACUCGAGCUCCUCGACCCGUAUGUCUUCGAUUACGGAUACGCAUACCUUUUCCCCCAACAGCAGCUCCAAUCAUCACCAAAGGCAUACGGAAACUCAACAAACUACGCCUCGUCUUCCACGAACUUUGACGAUGAAUACUCGCUCAACUUUGGCUCGUCACUACCGCGCGACGACAUCUACCGCCAGAGCGCUUCUAUUCUCUUGAUCGCUGGCUUCGGCGCCGCCUUCAUCUACGUUAUUUCCGCCGCCCUUUCAUACUACUUCGUUUUUGAUCGCCGUCUCGAACAUCACCCUCGAUUCCUCAAGAACCAGAUCAAGCUCGAGAUCCAGUCUAGUUUCUUCGCCAUUCCCAUUAUCGACCUUCUUACACUCCCCUUCUUCCUUGGAGAAGUCCGCGGUCACAGUCUGCUGUACACGCGAAUUGACGAGUAUGGCUGGUGGUGGCUGGCCGUGUCUACCGCCUUCUACAUGGUCUUUAAUGAUAUUGGCAUUUACUGGAUUCAUCGCCUUGAGCACCAUCCCAGUGUCUACAAGUAUGUUCACAAGCCUCACCACAAGUGGAUCAUUCCUACCCCCUGGGCUGCCAUUGCUUUCCACCCUGUCGACGGAUACCUCCAAUCCCUCCCUUACCAUGUCUUUGUCUACAUCUGCCCCAUGCAGAAGCACCUCUACAUGUUCCUCUUCGUCUGCGUUCAGGUCUGGACCAUCCUUAUCCACGACGGCGACAUGAUUACCGGCCAUUGGCUCGAAAAGUUCAUCAACAGCCCUGCCCACCACACUCUCCACCACAUGUUCUUCACCUGCAACUACGGCCAAUACUUCACAUGGGCCGACAACUACUGGGACUCUCACCGUGCUCCCAUGCCCGAGCUGGACCCUAUUCACGAGGCCCUCCGAGUCAUGCGCGAGAAGGGCUUGGUGGACAAGGAUGGAAACCCCCUCAAGAAGUCCAAGGAUGAGUAAAUGCAGACAUGACAUUUAUGAAUACUUCACCAAACGGGUCGUGUCCAACUAGAGCAGACCGACCAUUCCGGUGCCGGCACCAUCACAUCACGACUGGAGUACCCUUGGCCUCACAGCAUCGCCGUCUGUGCAGAGAUUCCGGGGCUCUUACGAAAAGUUUUCGAUCAUUCAAAUAGACAGUUUUAAUCACAUAGCGUUGCAUAGGGAUUUUUCGACAGGAAAUGUAUUGAGUAGAGGAUAAUAGCAAUAAGUAUAAUACCAAAACAUUCUGAUAACCGUGCAAAUAUCCCAAAACCUGUCCCUCAUCCCUCACGUCUAACUUCCCCCACUACGACUGCCAGCCCACCUUUUGUCUCACCGAUUUAUAUUGUUCGCCUCCUGAGCCUAGACUUGAGCCUGGCCCUGGGUGACGGGGUGCGAGUCUAGACCCAGCCUGAGCCGUCUCUUGCAAGCCUUCCACAUCUCAAUGAGGGCGAUAUAUACAACAACACAGCCAGCGACGACACCCCACUCCCAUGAAAGACCCUUGUGCUUGAACACCUCAGUGUUGAGGUAGGGAAUAUACACGAUAGGGAAGAUCAUGACAAAACCGGCAACAACGGACCAGAAGAGGAACUUGUUGUGGUAGAUGGUCUUGAAUACAGAGAAUGGGCCAGUGGCGCGCUCGUCCAUGUUGAAGAGACUGCGGUGAAAGUGCUUCACCUCCCAAGCUGUGACAAGCAACAGGAAAGCCAAGGUGGAGAAGGUCGUGGCACGAGCGCGAUAAACAAGAUCACACUCAUCGUGUCCACUCUCAUUGCAGCCUUCUGCCAUGAGGUAGUAACCCUGGCCAGAUGAAGCAUAGUUGACAAGCAUGAAAGCACACAGACAGAGUGAACCUGAGGCGAGUCCAUAGAAAAGCUGAUCGCGAACGAGGUCAAGGGUAAAUACUCCACUGCGCAAGCUGCGGGGAGGCCGCCGGAGGAUAUCAGGAGAGGCUUCCUCGAGACCAAGACCCAGAGCUAAAGGCGAUGAGGUAACCAAGUUGGCCCAAAGAAUUUCCAAGGGGGACAAGGGGAAGACGGCGUUACCAUUCACAUCCUUGAAGGCAAGACCAAUAAGAAGGAGAAUGACUUGAGCCAAAUUGGAUGUCAGAAGAUGAAGAAGGAACUGUACCAAUCAGCAAUCGUGUCAACAAGCAAUAAGAGCAACAACAUACCUUCUGAAUAUUGUCAGCAAGUCGUCGACCUUCCUGGAUACCAGUGACGAUCGAGGCAAAGUUGUCAUCAGUGAGAACCAUGUCAGCCGCCUCUUUGGCGACGUCGCUACCACGGUCUCCCAUGGCAAUACCGACAUCAGCUUGUUUAAGAGCAGGCGAGUCGUUGACACCGUCACCAGUCAUGAUGCAGAAUGCCUUUCGGCGAUGGAGGGCUUCGAUCAUGCGAACCUUGGUCAGAGGGCUACAGCGAGCGAGAACCACAGGAAGUUCGUCCAAGCAGUCAAUCUCAGCAUCGCUGAGGGCACCAAAGUCGGCAGCUGCCAUGACGGUGUUGGACUUGAGGGGGGUGUUCAUGUUAAGAAUACCGACUUCGUAAGCAAUGGCUGUGGCGGUCUUGAUGUGGUCGCCAGUAACCAUGUGAACAGUAACACCGGCGGCGCGGCAUUGUUCAACAGCGCCAGCAGUCUCAGGGCGAGGAGGGUCGUAGAGACCAGCCAGACCGACAAACUGAAGCUCACUCUCAACCUUGGCACGAUCAUGACAAUCUUGAGCGUCGCCAUUCAUAGGCUUUGUUGCGAUACAGAGCACUCGCAAACCUUGGCCGGCGAGUUCUUCAGCUUUAGCAAGGAUUUCCUUCUUAAACUCUUCAGUCUCAGUAAGCUUGGUGAGAAGGACCUCAACAGCGCCCUUGGUAUAGACGUGUCGAGUCUGUUCAAUCUCAUUACCGUAAACAACGCUCAUGAGCUUGCAGGAGGAAUCGAAAGGAUGUUCGGCAACCAGGGUGUCACCCCCGGAAACGCUACGGCCGAAUCUCAUAGCGAAGACCUUGAGAGCAAUCUCAGUAGGCUCGCCAAUGGCUUUCCACUCAGCAUCUUCGGAAGUGAUGAUGCUGCUAGAGUCCGUCUCGGGCUCUUUCUUGCCGUCGCUGACUGUGGCGUUGUUGCAAAGAGUAAGGACCUUGAGGAAAGUGUUCAAGCAGCUUCCGGCCAAGUCAGCAGACCACUUGACAGUUCCACUGUAAGGGUCGUAGGGGUUGGCGGUGCCCUCAACAGUUCCGGCGAGAUCUCCACGGAGCCAAACCUUUCGGGUAAUCAUUCGUCCUUGAGUUAGGGUACCAGUCUUGUCCGAGCAGAUGUUGGUAACACCGCCAACGGCCUCAAGAGAAGGCAUCUGACGAACAAUGACAUUGCCCCGAACCAUUGCCUUGGUGGCAACGGCCAUUGUAACUGUCAAAACUGCGAGGAGAGACUCGGGGAUAACAGCCACGCCGACGCAGAUACCGUACAGAAGGACUUCAUCGGUGAUUUUCCACAGACUGGCGGAAAAGACGAUGAUGACCAGGACAAUGGCGAAGGCGAAGAGCAACAGGGCGAACUUGCUGAGGGUGACCUGUAGAGGGGUUCCCUCGAGGCCAAGAAUUCUGCGACAGAACUGGUAGAACUUCCAAACUGCGCGACCGACGGGGGUCCUUUCGGUGUCGUCGUUCUUAGUCUUGCGCAGGAGUUCGGCGAUCUGGCCGACCUCUGUUUCCAUACCAGUAGCAAUAACAAUACCGGUGGCUCGACCUCUAGUGACAGAGCUUCCGGAAUAGGCCAGGUUCACACGAUCACCCAUGGGCAUAUCGGGAUCGGUGAAGACGACAUCAGGCUUCUUGCUGAUGGCGAUAGAUUCACCAGUGAGAAGUGCCUCAUCGGUAGAAACGUUGAUACCUUGAAUCAGGCGCAGAUCGGCAGGAACAACAUCGCCAGUUGCGAGAGAGACGAUGUCUCCCUUGACGAGGGUUUCGGCCUUGACAGUUUCACUGUGACCAUCUCGGAUGACCUUGCAUUUAGGGGUGGACAGUGCAUAGAGCGACUGGAUGGUCUGCUCAGCGCGGUAGUCCUGGAUCAAUCUAGCGGAUAUAACGUUAGCAUGGAGCGGAGAUUAAUGAGUACGGCUAGAUGUAAUUCGGACUGUCAGCUUCAGGGUAUGGCACAGGAUUCGGCCUCAGUGCUUGGGGCUUCUGGCCUUACGCAUGGCAAAAUCACAGGCUUCACCGUAUGGCAGCAGGAACAAGGAACAGAGACGAGAAGAAGGUGUGUGUAGCAAAGUGAGUGCAGCAACGAUGUGGGGAGUUGCAGCAGCAGCAAGCGACAAGACUUGACCAGCAGAUUUGGCUGGGCGAGUGAGUGACGCAGCAAAGACAUACCCGACAACGAUGUUGAGGACAAUGACGGCGGCGACGACACCACCCUCAAUAUAGUCCGAGAUAGCAAAGGACAGAGCGGUCACGGCGAUGAGGACGACAGUCAGGGCAUUGGCAAUCUGCUGUAUGAAGAUCUCGUACAGGGAGAUGCCCUUGGCGCCUUUGAUAGAAUUAGGGCCGUCCCGCGCAAGGCGGGCAGCAGCCUCUUCGCUACUCAAACCAUCGUCGACGUCGGACUUGAGGUCUCUGGCGACGCGAUGAGCGGAGAGCGUAUGGGGAAGAAUCGGCUUCUCUAUCGCUAGUAGGUCUGGGGGUUCCGCUAUAGGGGGUUGGUCGUCCUGACCGGUUGCGACGGUCGACGAGUCCGACGUGGAAGUGGCGUGAAGGGCACCAUUCGCGGAUUUGGAUUCGGUUUCUCCCAUCGAAUGGGUGUUGGUAUAAGCGAAAGCUGGAGGGGAGCUGAGCUAAGAUAUAUAUGUUUUUGGGCCGGCCGCAGAGGGAAGAGGCGGGAGGUUUUCUGAGUAAACUUGAAAAGAGAGUUGAAGUGAUAUUUAGGGAAGAGAUCGCGUGAAGCACGAUACCUGGGUAGAGAAGAAAGGAAAAGUCGUGGAAAGAAGUUGAGAGGGUGGCAGCUUUUAUCUACAAUCCAAGGUAGGAGGGAACCAGGAUGGACCGGACAGAUGCCGGCAACAAAGAGGUUAGAAGCGAGCGAGGCUCUGUAGGAGGUAGGAGGUUCGUCUAAGUGGGAGACGGGUACCUAUCCCAAACCUCAGUCCCUAAAGACUCAGAUCAGAUCUAAUCCAGUCCAAUAGAGGAAAGGAAAGAAAGUGAAUAACACGGGAGUGUGAGCUUCCCACUUACACACUCACGCACCCAUGCAUGUGCUGUGCUGCCCCGCAGUCUAGUAC